AUGACCGACUCAAACACCACCCUACCCCUCCCUAACUUUGAGACUUUCCUCUAUCAAGGAAUGCCACCCAUGACCACCGACCUCGACUGCUGCGACAUCUGCUACAGACACUGCCCUGUCCCACCACCCCCCCCACCCGCCCUCCCAACCCAAACCCCACCCAUAACUCAAUACAUCACCCUCGAUGCCGCCUUUCAAUUAGCCCUAGAAGCCCACUAUCCAGUCCGCCUAGCACGCUGUGGACACUGCUUCUGCCGUCCCUGUCUGCUGACGGAGUUUGCCGUGCUCGGGCUCAGAAAUAAGUGUCCCAUGUGUAGGCGAGUGCUUUUUUUGGAGCCAGAGUAUGAGCCGUUGGUGGUGGAGUGGGGGUCGAGUGCGGAUGAGGAGGGGGAGGAGGAGGUCGAGGAUGCGAGGAUGCAGGGUCGAGAUGGAGAUGAUGGGUUGGGAGCAGUUGCUGAGGGUGUAGAAGAAUUAGGGCCAGUGGCUGAGGGUGAGGAAGAGUUAGGGCCAGUGGCUGAGGGUGAGGAAGAGUUAGGGCCAGUGGCUGAGGGUGAGGAAGAGUUAGGGCCAGUGGCUGAGGGUGAGGAAGAAUCAGGGACAACGGCUGAGGGUGUGCAAGCAUCGGGACCGUCUGCUUCGAACGCGCAAGCGCCAGAGCCGUCUACUUCGAGCGUACAUUCAUCCGAAUCAUCCCCUUCGAACGGGAAUUCACAAAGACCAUCUGCUUCUACGGUACAGCCAUCGGAGCCAUCUGCUUCGAACAUGCAAUCACCAGGACCAGCUGCUUCGAGCGGGCAUUCACCGGGACCAGCUGCUUCGAGCGGGCAUUCACCGGGACCAGCUGCUUCGAGCGGGCAUUCACCGGGACCAGCUGCUUCGAGCGGGCAUUCACCGGGACCAGCUGCUUCAAGCGCGCAAUCAUCAGGGCCGUCUGCUUCAGAGGUACAAUUACCGGGGCCAUCUAACUCCCAUCAUCAGAUGACCACUGGCUUAGUUAACGAAACUCUCACAUACCAAUCACCCCUAUUCCCACUCCCACAGUCUUUCCAGAACAAUUAUCCCCACAGUAGUUCGCCCACUGGACACUCAUCGAUCCGGAGAGGAGGAUCUUCCGAUGGAGCCCUACUACCCGGUGGUAGAGGAAGAGGAAGAUUAGGCGCGCCCAAUGACCUUCCCAACAACCCUUUCCAUGCGAUUAUUGCCAGGCCUAUGUCAAGAAGAGAUCAUGCCUACCCAACAGUGAAAGAUAUCUUCUCUUCCCCAACAGCGCCCAUAAGAGAAGAAUCUCCCGAUGGGAUGAUCGCAACGAGCCGGCACUUCCUCCCAUUGCCUACGGGCAACUUGACGACUGAUUAUGUCGAAAGUCCCUCGCGAUCCAACCUGUUCCAACAAACCAACACUGACGAGAGACUUUCUCAUAGCCAUCCAAGCAACCAGGCCUCUGCGCGUGAAUCGCAACCAAGCAUAACUCCUUCACCCUUUUUGACAAUGAACGAUAGGAUACGCCAUACCCAGUCCAUAAUUCAAGACUUGAUGCGCGAUCUGGACUCACCUGUGCCUCUCUCGCCUUUCCAGAAUAGGACUUUCGCGGACAGGGAGAAUCGCUCGCCAGCGGGUGCCGGGAACGCGUCUAGCAACUUCUCACAGACUAGGACCUACAAUCCAUGGGACGUACGAAAUUGGCGUAACAGUCCAUGGAACGCACAGAAUUGGCGUGCUAGAUCAAGGACAACAUUUCCUCCCGGCUCGUCUUCACAAAACGUGGUCAUGCCGGGCACUGCUCCAACAUGCCCUUACGCUAUCUGCCAUCCAGGCACCCAACCCCAAACGCCUCACAGAUCUUCUGCAAGAAACUCGGGCCCUUUGACCCAAGAUCGUGGUGUCAGCCGCACCAGGCCCAGUAGUCGCCGACGGAUCGCCAGGUCUUUUCCAGAAACGCGGGUUAGGACGCUGGGCCCACUUCUGGAAUUUGGAGAUAUGGCGAACGGGUUCAAUCGUAGAAUCGCGGCGCAUGUUCAGAGGGUUUUACUACAGAGGCGGCGCUUGGUUCAGCAGCAUGGAUUUGGAGAGAUUACUGGUGCCGGGAGGCGGAUGAUGGAGAGGACUGAUGAGAGGGAUGGCGAGCAGGUGGGGGCAGAGGAGACGGAAGCGGAAGCGCAGUUUGCAGACCAGGUUGAGGAGUAG